AAGAUGAGUCGCUUUGCCGGCCUGCUGAUGCUCCUGCUGCUUGGUCUCGCUCAGGCUUACCAGGAUGAAGAAUUCCAAGAGCAAGACGGCGAAGACACGGUCGACAUCUCCGCCACAAUUCUCACCGUCAACAAUGGCAGUGAGGUGCUCCUCCUGGAAGGAGACCUGCUGGUUCCAAAAACCAGGAACGCCAUGAAGUGCUGGUACCAGAGCUGCCUGUGGAAUAGAGGCUCCAACGGUCACGUGACCAUCCCUUACGUGGUGAGCAGGGAGUUCGCAGAAUUGGAGAAGCGGAAGAUCGAGACGGCCAUGAGGUCCUUCCACGGCAGCACCUGCAUCCGCUUCGUGCCCCGGAGCAACGAGUUCGACUACAUCAGCGUGGAGAACAAAGGCGGCUGCUACUCGGCUCUGGGACGGCAGGGCGGCAAGCAGGCGGUGUCCAUCAAACGCGACGGGUGCCUCUACCACGGCAUCAUCCAGCACGAGCUCAACCACGCUCUGGGCUUCUAUCACGAGCAGACCAGGAGCGACCGCGACGGCUACGUGCGGAUCAACUGGGAGAACAUCGACCCGGCGAUGGUCCACAACUUCGACAAGCAGGACACGAACAACCUGAACAGCCCGUACGACUACGCCUCCGUCAUGCACUACGGAAGAACGGCCUUCAGCACCAACGGGAGGGACACCAUCACUCCCAUCCCCGACGCCCGCGUCCAGAUCGGCCAGAGGCAGGGCAUGUCCAACUGGGACAUCAGGAGGAUCAACAUGCUCUACGGCUGUUAA